GGUGUGUUGCUGCUUUUGCGCUCGCACGGAGGCACGCGGAACAGAGGCGCGCGACAGGAGUUGACCAAACUUCAGCAAGACUCGCAGAAGUGUCAGAAACUCACUUUAUUCACUGUGUGUGGCGAGAACGGAAGCGUCUGAGUGACGUCACCCGCACUAAAAGAGGAUGAACAUAGUGCUGGAUGAAGAAACGCGACUCUGAGCGCUGAUGUGCUGGACUCUCCGCACAGUGAAGGAGUGUGUGUCUGUGUGUGUUCUGUGACAGUGUUUCUGUGAGUGUGUGUGUGUUUUUGUUUGUGAGUGAGUGAGUGAGUGAGUGAGUUCUGUAACAGUGUGUGUGUGUGUGUGUGCUCUCCGAGAUGAAGAUUGAGUUCGCUCCUCUGCGCGUGCCUCUGCGCAGGCGCAUUCAGACGGCCGCGGUGGUCCAGUGGGUCUUCAGCUUCUUGGCUCUGGCUCAGGUGUGUCUGGCCGCGUUCGUGCUGCUGUGUCUCAGUGAUUGGUGGAUUCUUGGAGCGCUGUAUGCUGGUUGGCUGUAUCUGGACCGGGACACGCCCUCAUGCGGAGGUCGCAGGUCACCUUGGGUCAGAAGCUGGAGGGUCUGGACGCAUUUCCGGGAUUAUUUCCCAAUCACACUGGUCAAGACGGUGGAUCUGGACCCGCGGCACAAUUAUCUGCUGGGUUUCCAUCCACACGGUGUUUUGGUGGCUGGUGGAUUCGGGAAUUUCUGCACGGAGGCGUCCGGAUUCUCCCAGAUGUUCCCGGGACUCACGCCAUACCUGCUGAUGCUGCCAUUCUGGUUCAGGGUGCCCUUCUUCAGAGAAUACAUCAUGUGCGGAGGGCUGGUGUCCAGUGAGAAGGCCAGUGCGAGUUACCUGCUGAGUCGGCCAGGCGGGGGUCAAGCGGCUGUCAUCGCAGUGGGCGGAGCUCCGGAGUCUCUGGAGGCGCGGCCUGGAGCACUGACACUACAACUGCUGCAGCGCAAAGGCUUCAUCAAACUCGCCCUCAAACACGGAGCGUGGCUCGUUCCAGUGUUCUCAUUUGGGGAGAACGAGCUCUUCGACCAGAUGGAGAAUCCUGCAGGCUCCGCCCUCCGCCGCAUGCAGGACCGCCUCCAGAGGAUAAUGGGCGUGGCUUUGCCUCUCUUUCAUGCUAGAGGAGUUUUCCAGUACAGCUUCGGCCUACUGCCAUACAGGAAACCCAUACACACCGUCGUCGGACGUCCCAUUCCUGUAAGUCAGACUCCGUGUCCCAGUAAAGAAGACAUCGAUGCUCUUCACACACUCUACAUGCAGGGCCUGACGCAGGUGUUUGAGGAGAACAAGAAACAUUACGGCAUCGCGGACGACAAACAUCUGAAGUUCAUUUGAGCUGAUCUGUGUGUGUGUGCGCGUGUGCGCGUGUGUGUGUGUGUGUGUGUGUGUUGCAUAUAAUCUACAAUAGUUGUUAUCUACUAUCUAGUUAAAGAUGUUGGUACGAGGGGUUGUGUAGUUGUGUUGUCAUGUUAGUCACAGCACUGAUGUGACAAUAUGACCCACAGCCUGAGAUGAAGUACGGUUACUACACGCUUACAGUGUAUAAAACUUUAAGGAGAUCAUUUUACUGUUAGACAUCCUCCACUACAGUAUGGUAAAUAUUGUUACUGUAUUUUAUGACUUUAUUAAAACACUAUGUGAGCCGUUAAGAUUAUUAGAUAUCCAUAUGAAGCAGGUCAUGAACACUCUGGGUUUAGCAGAUCUUCAUCAGGAGAUCCUCCUGUGGUUAGAAAAGAUUUGUUCUUAAUCAGCAAAUGUGUGUUGAUGUGUACGAAAACAGAAACACAAAUAAACUGGUGCUCUUUAUUAUUUUA